GACUGAGGAGAAAACAGGAAUUGACAGAAUGACUUCCUCCUCAGAAAACACAGCCGCAUUGACAGACAGAGACAGACAGACAGACGGAGAGGGAGACAGCAGGUGUAUUGUUUCCUCAGUGUGUACUCGGUUUGUACUCGGUGUGUAGUAUGGACUCUGUCGGUGAAGACGACCUCUGUUGGCUGCAGUUGGAAGAUUUCAGGAUGUUGCUUAUCAAAACCAUCGAACCUUCAAGAAUCAGCCCGUACCUCCGCCAGUGUCAGGUGAUCAGUGCAGAGGAUGAGGAGCAGCUCUUCAACGACCCUGCCCUCUUCAUCAGGAGGAGAAAAGUUGGAGCCCUGCUAGACAUCCUGCAGAGGACAGGGGUCAAAGGUUACACAGCCUUUCUGGAGAGUCUGGAGCUCGAUUACCCACAAGUCUACAGUCGGAUCACCGGGAAGGAACCGAACAGGACGUUCAGCAUCCUCGUAGACACAGCAGGAGAAUCUGGUCUGACUCAGUUUCUGAUGACGGAGCUGAGCCGCCUGCAGAGGGCACUGCAGGACGAGAGGCGCCGUCGCCAGCAGGCCUGCUCUGUCGCCAAGGAACAGGAGGCGUGGUCUCAGCAGCAGCAGCUGAGGGAGCGGCAGCUGGCGACGCUCACUGAGCGCGUGCAGAAGGUUCAGGAAGAGCGCGAGCGUCUGAGCGACGAGGCAAAGCAGCUCCGAGAUCACAACUACUGUCUGAUGGCCGACAUCAACACUCUGACCCAGGACAAGAGCAACGCCCUGCUGGCCAACAGAGACCUGCAGAUAGAGGUGGAGCGACUGAAGAACUCCCUGCUGCAGGCUGAAGGUCAGACUCGACUGCUGAGACGAUGGACGCUGAGGCCACUGCAGGAGAGUCUGGCUCCGCCCACAGAAACCUUCCUCCAGCCCCCGAGAGAGGAGGGGCUGAAGGAGGAGCAGGGGGAAGAGCUGAAGGAGGGACAAGGAGAGGAGAGAAAACCAGAGGAGAAACGAGGGAUGAACCUCCUCACCACAGUUUUCAGACUGAGAAGAGAAGUUCACAGAGCAGAGGAGCAGAGAGCCACGAGUGCGGAGGAGAAGGAGGAGCUUGAGCUGAGCUGCUCUGAGCUGAAGAGAGAAGCCAGGACGUACCGUCAACGAAUCAAACAGACCCUCCGACAGCUGGAGGAGGUGGUCAGAGAGAGAGACAAGGCUCUGUCGUCGUGGGCGGAGCAGCAGGCAGAGGUGCGGCUGCUGCUGCAGCAGAAGGAUCAGUAUAGGGAGCAGGUCAGACAGCUCACAGAGCGAUCUGAUAGGCUGGAGCACUGCCUACUCAGGUCACAGGGGGAGGAGCUCCAGCUGAGGACACGCCUCCGCAGACUCACCUACAACAACGACCAGUGGCAGAGGAGUGUGAGCAGUGAGGAAGAGGAGGAGCCGACAGUGAACGCUGUGAAAGGAGCAGGAAGCCGUGAUAAGGAUCUCAGUGAGACGUCGGUGGAGAGCGAGGAGGCGACAGCAGGAGGCACCGCAGAGAACAGAACCACUGCAUCAUGGGAGAGGCAGACAGACGACUGUCUCAACUCCAGGAGUCGUCUGAACUUCUUCCAGCGCAGCGUGUUUCUGUUUUCAUGACAACAGGAAGCGAGCAGUCAGGUCAAAGUUCGUCUGUAAGGAGUACACAGCCAGUUACAUUGACGACAGCAGCAGCAGCGACAUCACAGAGUGGGACUGAACAGCAACAUGAUCACGUGACCACAUGAUCACAUGGUCACAUGGUCAGACAUCACGUGUUGAGUCUCAGUGACGAUCAGUUUAAUAAAAACAUUUCAUUAUGAUGCAAA